AUGGCCACCUCGAUCGUUCGCCCAUCCGUUUCCGCUCUCCGGCAGAGCUGCCGUGUGGCCGCAUUCCAGCCUAGGUCACCCAUUACCGCUUUGAACGCCGUCCAACUACAGAAGAAAUGGUUCCAUGCCACGAGCAGGAAGGACAUUCUACCACCAUUGCCUCAGGUUGUGGAGGGAACUACUAAUGACGCCGCACCCAUCCCUCCUACGUCUCCGGUCCACGGAAGCUACCACUGGACAUUCGAGAGAGUCGUUGCUGCAUCCCUCAUUCCCCUCACAAUUGCGCCAUUCGCCUCUGGGUCGGUCAGCCCUGUCCUUGAUGCUGUGCUCUGCGGUACCAUCGUCAUCCACUCUCACAUCGGUUUCCAGGCUAUGAUUGCCGAUUACUUUCGUCCAUGGCGUGUCCCAAAGACUGCUGCCUUCUUGAAAUGGCUUCUCCGUGCCGCCACACUGACCGUGUCAGUUGGUUUGUACGAAUUCGAGACCAAUGAUGUGGGCAUAACAGAAGCUCUCAAGAGGAUCUGGAAGGCGUAA